AUGCGCUGGUCAGCUCGCCUGUUUUUAGCAGCCGCAUCGCCGCGAAAGCCUAGAACACCAGCUCUGAGUCUUGAGCAUUUUAUUCAGCGACAGCGAGCUCUUAGUCUCUGGCGUGAGAUAGUACGAGCUUUUAAUAAGAUUCCGCAAUCUAGCACAAGAGAUGAAAUGCGCUCGUUCGCCCGCCAUGAAUUUGAGCGGCACAAAGAUGUGACGGAUUUGGUUCUUGAUCUCGCUGGAACGUAUACAAUGACUGAUGGUGGAUCUUUCCAGACCGGGAAAACGGAAUUCGAAGCCGUGAGGCGAUAUAUCGAUGAAAUGACGGUGUGA